UGGUGAUUCUUCUUUGAUCAUUUUCUACUAAUUCAACUGGGACGAAAUCCGUAAUUUAUCUCGAAAUUUGGGCACUCGACAUCCAGACGACUUACAAAUCUGUAGAAAUGAGGCAAUGCCAAACUACUUCCCUUUAAUCCAUAGAGAGCAUGUGAAUGUGAGUUCACACACUCCACCCACUGCAGUCUUACAGAGAGUCCGACAGACACCAGACGCACUUCAGCUCUGAGCGCGAGCCUGACAGACGCGUCCACUCUACAUCUAAUUGUUGAUUUAUUACGUCGAGUAAAAAAAAGGUAAAAAAAAAAAAAAGAUCGCGUUUUGAGUAUAUCGACAAAGGAUUAAGAGACUUCACUUUGGAUUUCAAACGGAAUAUCCGUUAAAACCUUCCAAGAAGAUGUUUCGGGUUUGGGAUCUCUCCCUAAUGAUAUGCUUCACCGUCUCGAUCAUGUUCGUCGGAGUUGAAGGCAUUUCAGAGCUCCCUCCACCAAGGAACCUGACUUUCAAAUGGGAAACACCUUUCACUCUUAAUUUGACAUGGGAAAAGCCGAAGGAUCUUGACCCUGACUGCAAAGUGAACUACACGGUGGACGUGCGCCAUUCUCAGGAGUGUUCUGUAACAGACAAUAAAAGGCAAACCAGGAGAGUCCAAAGCACCACCUGCAGCUGGAAUAUCUCCAAUGUGAAUGGACUGUGCAUCAGUGUUACAGUGAACCCUGAAAACUGUGGAAGCAGAAAACAAAGUCCAUCUUUGAACAUUAUCCUCCCUCCACCUACAGUGAUGCUGGUGACAAACCGGAGCUAUGAGUAUUCCCAUAACAAGCUGAGGUGCACUUGGAGUCGUGUUGGUGUAGUCGAAGACCUUGUUUUUUAUUACUUGUCACCUCAGAAAAAUACGGUAAUAAAGUGCAAUGAUAUGAAGGAUGGAGAAUGUGUCAUACACGAUACACGUCUCAAGGAGAUGACGGACAUGAGCUAUCUCUUCAUUGGCACUUACAUGGGUAAAGCUGUAAACAACACUUUCAUUGAAGAGGGGCCAGCACAUUAUGUGAAACUAAAAAAACCUCAACUUACGAUCCAGAGUGACGGGCACAGUCUACAUUUUCAGACAAACCAAUCAGAUUUAGAGUUUGGGUCUCACUGCUACAAAUACAAGUACACAUACACAAAGUGUGAUAAGAAUGCACAAGAACAGGAGGUCAUGGACAAACCCAACUAUGAAGUGGACUAUGACUCAAACUGCAAGUACAAAGCCAGAGUCCAGAUCAUCUUCUCAGACAAAUGUGGUGCAGGGAGGAGUGACCCGAGUGAUGAGGUGGAAUACGGUGAGGACAGAGAUCCACAUUUGCCUGCGUUUCUGGCUGUCAUUAUUAUUCCGCUCAUAGUUUCCUGUUGCCUGAUCGUUUCUCUUGUGCUGCUCAGAAGACAUAAAGACAUCAUAUUCCCAAAAAUCCCAGAGCCAACACUUAUCUUCAAGGACAUGCUCAUCAACAACAUUAGGAUGCCGGAGGAUGCACGGAGUCCUACAGAUGGCAGACUGUACGUCCCUAUUGAAGAAAUCGUAGCAAGCAAGAUAAGUCUUGAACCUGAGACACCGCUUUUACCAACCACAACAAAUGCAGGGAUAACAAUUUCUGAUGAGUGAAAAUCUCCAGUACAUCAGGAAGGACUCAGGGUGAACUUAAAACCUACACUGACAGGAAAAUGUCUAUGCAAGGGGGAGUAAAUUCAUAUUGUCUGUUUCAUCUGCUGAUGAAUAAUAACUCAGGCUCCACCUUUGUUUUUUUGAAUGGACUUCGACCGCACUUAUUGCAGUUGCCAGUAAAAUUGCUCUUCUUGGCACAGCAGUGGCUUGUUUUCAUUGAAUGUAUUGUGAAGAUAAGAAAAGCAAUCAACAGACUUUCCUGGGGCAGGUUGGUUGGCUCUGAUUAUCUGGUUAUGUGAAGCUCACACUGUACUCACUCGGUGUAUCCAGAGGCCGGAGGACAUCAUAAGCAGCUUCAUUCAAAAUGAUAGGGGACCACUGCAAAAAGGUCCAUGGAACGAGGAAACUUUGAUCUCUUGCACACAAUUACUGAACUUUUUUAUGCUUGUUUGUACAGCCGCAUUUAUGGACUUGUGGGUGUUCUUGCACAUAGUUUACAAACUUCAUGUACUGCUACAAAAAUAAUUUUGUAU